AUGGCCGAGAAACGGAGGGGCUCUCCGUGCAGCAUGCUAAGCCUCAAGGCGCACGCCUUCUCGGUGGAGGCGCUGAUCGGCGCGGAGAAGCAGCAACAGCUUCAAAAGAAGCGGAGAAAGCUGACCACGGAAGAGGCGGCCGGAGCGCCGGACGACGCUGGCUGCAGCCGUGGUGGUGGCGCAGGCGAUCAGGGCAGCUCCGAGGCCGACGAAGACGCAGCUCCCCCGCAGCCGCCUACUGGGGCGGCGUCCGGAACGGCGCGGAGCUGCACGGACGUGGAGCGGAGCUGUGGCUCCCGCGGAGCGGCGGGCAGCUGUGAGGACGGCUUCCUGCAGGGCGCGUCCCCGCUGGCGUCUCCGAGAGGUUCCCCGAAGGGGUCUCCGGUACCCGGCCUUGCUCGGACAGGGACCCCACUGCCCGCGCCGCAGGCCCCGAGGGUGGAUCUGCAAGGAGCGGAACUCUGGAAACGCUUUCACGAAAUAGGCACGGAGAUGAUCAUCACCAAAGCCGGCAGGCGCAUGUUUCCAGCGAUGCGAGUGAAGAUCUCCGGAUUAGAUCCCCACCAGCAGUAUUACAUUGCAAUGGAUAUUGUGCCCGUGGACAACAAGAGAUACAGGUAUGUUUACCACAGCUCUAAAUGGAUGGUGGCAGGUAAUGCUGACUCCCCUGUGCCACCCAGGGUGUAUAUUCAUCCCGACUCGCCUGCCUCUGGGGAGACUUGGAUGCGGCAAGUGAUCAGCUUCGACAAGCUGAAGCUUACCAACAACGAACUGGAUGAUCAAGGCCAUAUUAUUCUCCAUUCUAUGCACAAAUACCAGCCACGCGUGCAUGUCAUCCGUAAAGACUGUGGGGACGAUCUUUCCCCCAUCAAGCCUGUUCCUUCUGGGGAGGGAGUGAAGGCAUUCUCCUUCCCAGAAACAGUCUUCACCACGGUCACCGCCUACCAAAAUCAGCAGAUCACUCGCCUUAAGAUAGACAGGAACCCAUUUGCCAAAGGCUUUCGAGACUCCGGGAGGAACAGAAUGGGAUUGGAAGCCCUGGUGGAGUCUUAUGCUUUCUGGAGACCAUCACUACGGACUCUCACCUUUGAAGACAUCCCUGGGAUUCCAAAGCAAGGAAACACAAGUUCCUCCACUCUACUGCAAGGUACUGGGAAUGGUGUUCCUGCCACACACCCUCACCUGCUGUCUGGCUCCUCUUGUUCCUCUCCUGCCUUCCAUCUGGGGCCGAAUGCCAGCCAGCUGUGUAGUCUGGCUCCCGCUGACUAUUCUGCCUGUGCCCGUUCAGGUCUCACCCUCAACCGAUACAGCACGUCCUUGGCAGAGACCUACACCAGGCUUACCAACCAGAGCAGCGAGACUUUCGCCCCACCCAGGACUCCUUCCUAUGUGGGUGUGAGUAGUAGCCCAUCCGUGAACAUGUCCAUGGGUGGCAGCGAUGGGGACACCUUCAGCUGCCCACAGACCAGCCUGCCCAUGCAGAUCUCGGGGAUGUCCCCUCAACUCCAGUACAUCAUGCCGUCACCAUCCAGCAAUGCCUUUGCCGCUAACCAGACCCACCAGGGGUCCUACAACACUUUCCGGUUACACAGUCCCUGUGCCUUGUACGGAUACAACUUCUCCACAUCCCCUAAACUGGCUGCCAGUCCGGAGAAAAUUGUUUCUUCCCAAGGAAGUUUCUUGGGGUCCUCACCAAGUGGGACCAUGACUGAUCGGCAGAUGUUACCCCCUGUGGAAGGAGUGCACCUGCUUAGCAGUGGGGGCCAGCAGAGUUUCUUUGACUCCAGGACCCUAGGAAGCUUAACUCUGUCAUCUUCUCAAGUGUCUGCACACAUGGUCUGACGAAGCCUUUAAGUGAAACUGCAUUUGAAUCGAAUGGAUCUUCCUUAUUCUUGAAAAAGGCAAUAUGGAAAAAAAUGUUCAUACAGUAGAAAAUGAAGGCUCUCUGAGGAUUUGUACUUUCUCCUGGCAAGACUGUAAUUAUCUAUGCAUAUAUGUAUGCUGUAUAUUCAUAGCAUGUAGUAUACUGAAGGCUUCUCACUGCCGUGUUUAUCCAAUGUCAAAGAAUAUUGACUACAUGCACUGUGUUUAUCCAGCGUGAGCAGACUCUAAAAGCAAAACGGUACACUUGAAAGUUGGUAAUGAUACUAACCAAAGACUUCUCUAUUGCUCCUGUGCAAAGUGAUGGGGUUCAUCCCAGCAAUUCCACACAUUCCUAACCAAAGAUUUGAAGCUUCAGUGUCGAAGAGUGCUCUGAGCAGUUCGUAUCCGGGUGUUGGCAGCAUUAUGAUCUCUAUUUCUGGACACGAUGUGAGGCCCUCCAGUGCAAAAGCCAGUUAAUUCUUAGUGCGUUUCUGUGGUAUCUGUAACAAUAUAGGCUUAGCUUUCCAUCCCUGCUUAUUCUUAUUUACCGUACACCUUGGGUCCAAAAAGCCAUAGCUCGGCUGCUGUUUAUUUUCUGAAGGAAGGUGGAGCAGACACUUGUGGCUUUUCACGUUCCAUUGGACAGGAAAUCUUACCUGCAAAAUAUGCAUCUCUCCUAUUUUAAAAUGGUUCCCCCAUUUCAUUUAGUUUAUCAAGAAGGCCAUUAAAAAUGUCCUGUAAACAAUCUGAAACUUUGUCACCAGGGAAGGGGUUGGAUUGUGUGGUAUGAGAAAUUGCAAAAAGAGAAAGUCAGUCCAGCUCAGAUUCUUUUGUCCCAACGAGUAAUGCUUAUUUAUUGACUUUUAAUUAGAGGAAUACAGCCAUCCACCCCCUGAGGCCUUGGUGGGGCUUGGUUUUUAGAUUUAGGAUCAUUUGUCCAUCUUUGAGCUGCCUUGACCCCUGGUCUGUGAGUAAGGAAGAGGCAUUUAUGCUACUUAUUUAUGUCUCAUAACUCCAACAAAUUGAACAGUUCCCCCUCCCUAGCCUUAUCUCCCUGUCUGACUCUUUUCCAAAACAGAUAGGUCCUGGCUUUAUGGUGCUAAUGCUACAAGGAAUUUCAGAGGGUUAUCUCUAGCAAUCUGUCUUGUGUUGUAGUCAAAGGCCAAAGUCCAUUACUAGAAAGGCCUCAUAAGAGGACCAAGGAGGAAGAUACUCAUUAUGAUAAGUGAGCUAUAAAAACUUUUAACCUCAACAGCAUUUUAGCUUUGGAAGUUAAGAAAUGAAAACACGAUUGACUUCUUAAAGUCCCUGAAAUGAACAUGACUUGAAUUUUAUAAAAAGGAAAUUUGAUAGUAGUUAGGGAGAUGAGCAGAAAAAGUGAGGCAUGUGGGAUGGGGCCCAGCUCCUUCUGCUGAGGACCCACAGGCUUUCCUUCUGUUUAGCCAUAGGCUUCCUCUAAUGGUCCCUAAUUUGCAUGGGGAAGAAAACUACCCCAGUUUACUUCUUUACUGAACAGGAUCAUUGUUGGAUAUUUAGGGGAAUGUUAUGUUUAGACAGAACGUAUUCAGGAUUUGUCUCUAUAGAUACUGACAAAUUUCCUCAUGGAUUCUAUAAGAACAUCACCAGAUUAAUAACAAUUUGAAAAUCUAACAUUAGCAUAAAGGGACGUGAAGUAUGUGAUAGGUUUUACGCAUGGUUUUAUUAACUUGACAGAGAUUUGGGAAAAAGGCUUUGAGAGUGAGUUCAAUCUUUGUGCUCAAGGAGAUAGUUUUCCAUCUUGAGAAAACACUAAGAGGAGCAUCUCCUGGUAAUUUGAGAUGACACCAUGAUGUGGAUAGACUUUUUUUUUAAUUGUUUUGGUAAAAUUUAGCAAUAUUGUUCAAAUGCUGUUUUAGGUUUUGCAGUAAAUAAUAAUCACCACAUCUCUCCAAGGACUAACCUUUUAUUGUUGUAUUAAUGACAUGCGUACAUUGAUAAUUAUAACUAUCUAUCUGUAUUUUAUU